AACCUAAUCAGAGGGACUUGAAACUUUCCAACAGAUUUUUUAUUCACGUCUCCGUCAGCGAAUUUUUCAGGUAGUGACACAACUACGUUCUUCAUUAUUCUCUCACCUUCCUUCUUUUAGCUCAUUAAGGGUAUUUGAGUAUAGGUUGAGAGAUGGAAAGCGGGUUGGGGGAAUCAAUUAGCAGGCCACCCCAAAGCCCUUCAUGCUCAAGCAAUAAUGGUAGCUACAAUGAUGCUGGUGACUUUGAAUGUAAUAUUUGCUUUGAUUUAGCCCAAGACCCAAUCGUAACUCUCUGCGGUCAUCUCUUUUGCUGGCCUUGCCUUUACAAAUGGCUUCACGUGCACUCACAUUCUCAGGAAUGCCCGGUUUGCAAGGCCCUUAUUCAAGAGGAAAAGUUGGUUCCUCUGUAUGGCCGGGGAAAGAAUUCGACGGACCCAAGAUCGAAGUCAAUUCCUGGAAUUAAUAUUCCAAAUCGUCCAGCCGGGCAGAGACCCCAAACAGCUACUCCUCCAGAUUCAAAUCCUUUUGCCCAUCAUGGGUUUGGAGUCAUGGGAGGAUUUGCGCCUGCCGCGACCGCCAGGUUUGGCAACUUCACAUUAUCUGCGGCAUUUGGUGGUCUCUUCCCAUCGUUGUUUAACCUUCAGGUGCAUGGAUUUCACGAUGCUAGCAUGUAUGGAACAGCUGCUGGUUUUCCCCACGGGUUUUCUAAUACAUUUCACGGGGUACAUGCACAUGGAUUCCCUCAGCACACAAGUCAAGGUCAGCAGGCAGAUUAUUAUCUGAAGUUGCUGUUUUUGAUGAUUGGUAUGUGUGUGAUUAUUGCUCUAAUUUGGAACUAGGUUAAUGUUACUACCUGAGCUUAAAUUUCUAAGCGAUGUCUAGGAUUGUCAAACUCAUGUUCUUUGCAUAGCUGUUAGCACAUUUGAUGUGCACCUUACUUUUCCACCUUUUUGGUGGCCGUGGAAAUUGUUCAUAUGAUACUUUGUCGGAACUAUAGUAGGAACUGCUGUAGGUUCUGUUACUGUCCCUCAUUAGUCUGUAAAUGUGACUUUUGCCUAUUUUCAUUAUUGUAUUUCAAUUUCUCUUCCCUGUC